AUGAUUGACCGAAUCCAGUGCCAAUUUAGUACACACUCAAAAAUCGACCUGUCCAAUGCCUUACCGGGGUCCCUCUUGAAGGGGAAGCGGGGAAAGCAGCUCAAGCUCCCGGCGCUCUCAGAGGACCGCCCGCUGAAGAUGAAGUCUCAACUGCUAGAAAUGAAGGUCUUGAAGACCGAGGCGGAAAAGGCCGAAGCUCAGAUCGUGAACUUGAAGACAGAGAUUGCUGAGCAGGUCUCCCAGGUAACCCGGCUCCACACGGAAACUGUCGAGUUGAAGACGAAAAUCUCCGAGCUCGAGUCCGAGAUGGCUCGACUGCGAGCGGAAAAUGCCGAUCUCGGCACGAAAGAUGACGAACUAAAGGCGGAGAAUGCCGAAUUGCGGAAGAAAGCUGAGACGGUUCGGGGCAAGAACGACGAAGUCUUGACGGAGGUGAUAUUCCUUAAGGAGGACGCGAAGGUGAAGGAGCGAGAGCUACAGUCUGCUCUCUGCAGAGAGAAGACACUUGCCGCUCUACUACAGGAGGAAAAUGAGGACCGUAAGAAACUCAAAAAGCAGUUGUCGGCCGCUCACGUGAAACUCGCAAGCGUGCAGGGCGAGAGAGACGCUCUGAUAGAGACUGUGGAGCAGCAGCGCCGCCAAGCCAAAGAGACGGAUCGUGCAGCACAAGACAAGGACCGCGACACCCGCAAGGAAACAGAAAAACUGAAGCUUCAGAUAGCUGACUUGGAAGCCAGGCUGCUGAUCGCAGAGACCGCAGGUAGUCUGGGUGAGAAGUCCUCGGGCGCGAGCUGCACAACUCCCGCAGCCUUCAACGCGUCGUCCGAUACCCCACCAACCACCACCGUCACCACCACUCAUCUGAAGGUGUUACCGAAAGAGGGAGGAAAACAAGACCAGGAUGCCUCGCCUCGCUCACCCCCUUCCCUGGUACCUGGUGUAGCUCACAGGAUGGCAGCCACCGCGGAACAGGGUAACCCUGCGCCCAAACAGAGUACGGAGGUUACCAUUUUUUCAGGCACCGGGACAGCUUCGUUGAUCCGACCUGUCCCGGUGAAGAGGAGGCCGUCUUUGGAGAGUAGGUCGCAACCGUGCUGCAGCGCCACCAGGCAGUCUGUUCAGGAGCCCAAACCCCAGCGGAUCCCCCGUAAGCGUCCUGUCCGUGGCACCUCCGCUAAGAAGAACCGAUCCACCUGCCCGUACUGCCGCGAACCCUUCCCGGCAGGCACGGAGAAGAGCCGCAUCCUCAAGCACAUCGCCGCGCACUCCAAGAAGUGAGCCUCACGACAUUGCCUGCGACCGAGGCUAUCAAAGCAAUCUUUAUCAUGAAAUCAUUUAUUCAUUUGACAUAGGUGUUUUUUUACACAGCCAGUUAUUUUCACCUGCUGACGUUUCGAUUUAUUCUAAGACUUGGAUUUAUUCAUUUGCUUUCCAUUUUAAUCAUUAAGUGCGUUGUUCAUUCGUUUGUCAGUACGUACAAUAUCUCUUUAUUUGCCGUUAUCAUCUCCAAUGGAAUUGCAU